ACCCAUGAGAAAUGAAAUGAGUUGUAAUUAUUUUGUGUUUUAAAAAUCAUGGAAUUAUGAUCUACUAAAAUAAGGAAAAAUACAUAAUUCGUAAUAAUAAUAAAAAAUAAUUGCAAUUUUGACAAAUACAAAAUUAAAAAGAUAAAAGAAAAUGUCUACUAGAUGGUAUCCAAUUUAUCAACAAGGCAAUCCUCAAUUGCGUGUGUUUUUGCCAAAUUUUUGGAUGAAAUUGUUAAAACCCCAAGAAAAGCAACCAAAAAAUGUUGUACAAUUUGCAGUACCAACAGGGAUGACCAAUCAUGAUAUAAAAAAUUAUUUAGAAAAAAUAUAUAAAGUUACUGUUAUAGACGUACAAUCUGAUAUUGAAAAUGGUACCAUCAGAAGAGCAAUAAGGCAAAAAUAUGGACCCAUUGUAAAAGAUGAUGAUUUUAGAAGAGCUUAUGUUACAUUGCCUCGUAAUCAAGAAUUUGAAUUUCCUGAAGUAUGUGUCAGUGAAGAAAGUAAAAAACGACAUGAUGAUGAUGAGAAUUCAAGUAAAAUGACACGGGAUAUGUAUAAAGAUUAUCUUAAGAAAAAUAAGGACCGACCAGGUUUUCCUGGGUGGUUUUCUUUUUAGUUAUUACAUAAAAUCUUAUAUGUAAAGUUAUUAUAAUGUUUCAAAGAUUAAAUUAGAAUUAUUAUGUAGUAAAAUAUUUAUUUUAAUAUAAAUUUAUAACUUGAUUGAUGAAAACAAACAUAUUACUGUUAACAUGUGUAAGAUCAAGUAAAAUUUUUUUCAUUUA